AUGGCCUCCGUCCACGACUUUCCCCAGCUCUGGCAACGUCCGCCCUUUGAGAGUCUCCUGGCGUGUCUAGAGUCUCUCGAGCUCACACCCCCAAUCUGGAACCACAACCGCCGCCGGGAUGACAUCAUCUCAGAGCAGGAGGCCAGCUUCUCUCACCGCCGUGAUGUUGCUCUCUAUCUCUCCGGCAUAGUCAAGAGCAGUCUCAGCUGGAUCUCCGACGACGAGGAUAAAGAGACUCUCUGGGAACUAGCCAGUCGACCCAUGGGUGAGAUAACCCGCCGCUGGCCUUUCGCCACCGACACCGCCCAACCCUUCGAGCUCAUCAUAAAAGAACCCGCCCUCACCGGCGACUCAAUCGGCUUCAAAACUUGGGGCUCCUCCUACCUCCUCGCCCUCCACCUCGACACCCUCGCCUCCACCUUCCUCUUCCGCCUCUUCGACGAGAGUCUAGGCGAGCCGCGCCCCCGUGUCCUCGAGCUCGGUUCCGGCACGGGACUUCUCGGGCUGGCGGCCGCGGCGACGUGGCGGACGCACGUCAUGAUGAGCGAUCUGCCGGGGAUCGUGCCGAAUCUUGCGGCGAAUGCUGAGGCUAACGCGAAGAUGCUUGAGGGCUUGGGCGGCUCUGUUGAGGUUGGGGCUCUUACGUGGGGCGGAGAAGGGGAGGAUGAGAUUGACCUGACGCUUUUUGGGACGCCGAAUCAGUUCAAGAUCAUUCUAGUGGCCGAUCCUCUAUAUGAUGACAAUCACCCCGAAUUGCUUCACAGCGCCAUCCUGACUCAACUCGCCCUCGGAACCGAGGCGAGGGCCAUCGUCAUGGUUCCAAAGCGCGAUCAAACCACCAUAGGACUGCUGGACAGCUUUAAGGCGCUAAUGACGCAGGGCGAACCUCCCUUAGAGUGCCUCGAGCAAGGUGAGCUUGAAGGCGAGGACGAUUGGGACGCCAACGACGACGAGGAAGUCAAGUGCUGGUGGGGUAUUUUUGCACGUAGACAAGCAUAG